AUGGUAAGAGAUCCACACAAUCCACUUCACGAGUAUCAUCAGUUGGGAGGCAACAUAAUUGGUGGCAUCACUUCUCAGACCUUCAUAAUCUCCAACUCGCUAACCUUCAUUGAAGCACCUCCACCCGUGUUGUUUGAAGAGCUCGCGGUAGUGCCUAAGUAUUACCAGCACAUCCUGGCUUUGGCAUUUGCUGUAAAGGAGAUAAAUGAAAACUCUCAGAUUUUACCCAAUACUUCCUUGGGCUUCCAUAUUUACGACAGUUACUUCAGUGCAAAGAAUACCUAUCAUGCCACAAUGCAGCUUAUGUCCUCAAAAGAAAAAAUAGUUCCCAACUACAUAUGUGACGUCCAGAAUAAAUUAAUAGCGGUUGUUGGGGGACUGGAGCCUCUAAUUUCUCGUUAUAUUGCAACUGUCUUGGAUAUCUACAAGAUUCCACAGCUCAUAUAUGGCCCUGCUCCAGUGAUGAAUGAUAAAACCAAAGGCCUUUCCUUCUACCAAAUGUCUCCUAAAGAUGCUCUUCAGCAUGCAGGCAUUCUGACUUUGCUUCUCCAUUUCAAUUGGACAUGGAUUGGGAUCCUUACAUCCAAUGAUGAAUAUGGAGAAAUAUUUGUGCAGGCAGUGUUUCCAGUAUUCUCCAGCAAGGGUAUUUGUUUUGCCUUCAUAGAAAGAACCGGUAAAUUUACCAUUGUCACAGAAAUUAAUGACAAGCUACAUGAGCGAGCCAAAAUAUAUGAUAGAAUCAUUGACAGCAAAGCCAAUGUAGUGGUUGCUAAUGGAGAAUCAUAUCUCAUUGUGUUUUUGAGGUGGCUACAAUUUAUCUCAGAUAGAGAAUGGACAAUGAAUAAAGGAAAAGUGUGGAUAGUAACAGCUCAGAUAGAGCUCACUUCAAUGGUGUAUCAAAGAACAUGGGAUACAGAUAUAGUCCAUGGUGUUCUGUCCUUCUCUAUGCCCUCCAGUGAUCUGCCAGGAUUCAAGUCAUUUAUUGAAAGCAAAAGCCCUUCUUUUAAAACAGGAGAUGGCUUUAUCAGGGAUUUCUGGCAGCAGGCCUUUGGUUGUGUAUUCCCAAGUAUAGAUGGGGACAACGUGGAUGGAGAUAUUUGCACAGGAAAAGAGAAUGCUGGAGACAAGAUCUCCUUUGACCAGAAUGGGGAGUUAGUGACUGGAUUUGACAUUAUUAACUGGAUUAUUUCCUCAAACCAAUCCUUUCAUAGAGUGAAAGUUGGGAGAAUGGAUCCCCAGGGUUCUCCGGACCAAGUGUUCACUAUCAACAAGGAUGCCAUCACAUGGCACAAUUGGUUUAAUCAGGCCCAGCCUCUUUCUGUGUGUUCUGAGAGUUGCUAUCCCGGCUCCAGCAAGAAAGUGAAGGAGGGAAAACCAUUUUGUUGCUAUGAUUGCAUCCCAUGUCCAGAAGGAAAGUUUUCAGACCAGAAGGACAUGAAUGCUUGUUCUACAUGCACAGCAAAAGCCUAUCCAAGCAAAACCAGGGAUUUCUGUAUUCCCAAAUUAAUUUCCUUUUUCUCAUAUAAAGAACCACUGGGCAUCAGUUUAGCCUUCUUUGCUCUUUUCUUUUGUCUGAUCACAGUCUUGGUGCUAGGAAUAUUUCUGAAGCACCACAACACUCCCAUUGUCAAGGCCAACAACCGGAACCUUGCCUACAUUCUCCUUAUCUCAAUCCUGCUCUGCUUCCUUUCUGCAUUGCUAUUCAUUGGACAUCCUAAGCAGGUGUUGUGUCUCCUCCGGCAAACCACUUUUGGCAUGAUCUUCUCUGUGGCUGUUUCUUGUGUGUUGGCAAAAACCACUACUGUGGUUCUUGCUUUUAUGGCCACCAAACCAGGUUCCAGGAUGAGGAAGUGGGUGGGGAAAACACUUGCCAAUGCCAUUGUUCUUUCCUGCUCCCUUGUUCAAGCAGGCAUUUGUACCGUAUGGUUGGUCACCUCUCCCCCAUUCCCAGAUGUUGACAUACACUCAGUUGCUGAAGAAAUUAUAUUCAAAUGCAAUGAGGGGUCUAUGACUAUGUUUUACUGUGUUUUGGGUUAUAUCAGUUUCCUGGCCAUAAUCAGCUUUGUUGUGGCGUUCUUUGCCAGGAAAUUGCCCAAUAGUUUCAAUGAAGCCAAAUUCAUUACUUUCAGCAUGUUGGUAUUUUGCAGUGUUUGGCUCUCCUUUAUUCCAUCCUACCUGAGUUCAAAGGGGAAAAAUAUGGUAGCUGUGGAAAUCUUUUCUAUCUUAGCCUCCAGUGCUGGGCUCCUAGGUUGCAUCUUUCUCCCCAAAUGUUAUAUCAUUGUGCUGAGGCCUGAGCUGAACAACAGGGAACAACUAAUAAGAAGGAAGGUCUGA